AUGAAUCAUGUGACUAACUAUUGGAGUGCAGGCCUCUUGAACAUAGGUUGGGGUGAAAAAGAAGACAAUGUACAUCCUGUUAGAUCCCGUAGUCCACCAACCAGUCAAUAUCACCCCGAAAACACAACCCACGAACCUAGAAUUUAUCAACCAUCUAAAUAUAACCUAGUGUCGGGUGGAGGAAGUCAUUAUGAUUCUACGUAUCGAGAUUACAGUGCCCCUACCCGCGAGGGAACUGUACAGUAUUUAUCUAGUGAUGGAUAUGAGAAAAAUCGUAUUCUACAGUUAGAAGAAGACUGUAGUUUAAAUGAGACAAGAUUAAAACAUGCUCUAAUUAAUCAAGAUGAUACAGGUGAUACAUUACAUCAUAAAAUACAG